CGGAGUCAGUAUUGUUUUACUGAAAAAGCCUCUUUCCUUGUGGCAGAACACCCGCCCUCCUGUCGGAGGACGAGUGCAACGGGGGCUGUGCCCCCAUACCCCCCUUUGACCCGGAAUCUUGACUAUCUUUUCCGACAGCAUGCUAUGUCUGUGAUGAAAGCAUUCUCUAGCUGCACGCAUCUCUGGAUGUGUUGUGUUUCCAGUCACUUGAACCCUUCUACUGUCCUCAAGCCACUCUCACCGACGCCCCUAGGCUGAGCCCCAAACACCAUCCUGCGUAAGGCCGCAAACAGGUGAUCUCCCGACCACAUCGAUGACCGAAAUGCGGAUACGACCUCCUACCUUCAGAGGAACUCACGCUGACCGACGACAUAAUAAUCGUCCCCAUCCAGGCGCACAAACGGAACUGCCUGGUCUCUCUCACCUCGCUCCAAGCGGACAGAAUACCUCUGUCGAGACAGAACAGGGAAAAAGGGCCUGUGGAUGACCUCCCAGCAUCGCAUCUCGCACAACCCCUGCUCCGGUUUAUAGACCCUUCAGUCCACAA